AUGAUGAGGAACGAGGCUAGUAGUAGCAGCACUAAAGCCCCACGGGAAAGCGUUGUUGUUGAUUGCGGAAAACGUCGAAGCUCUUGUGGUUAUUGUAGAUCUCCCCGUCACAACAGUAUCUCUCACGGUAUGCUGGCAGAAAGUCUUACAGUGGAUGAUUACCAAGCCCUUCUUGACCAGGGCUGGAGAAGAUCUGGAUGUUUUCUUUAUAAGCCAGAGAUGGAGAAAACAUGUUGCCCUUCCUAUACAAUCCGCUUGAAAGCAGCUGACUUUGUUCCCUCUAAGGAACAACUUCGUGUAUCUAGACGAAUGCAAAGGUUUUUAGAUGGAACCUUGGAUGUUAAAAGAGUUGAUGCCAUGGAGGAAUCAAAUACCUCAAAAAAUUCAGGAAGUCUUGUCCAUAAUAAUCCUUCAUCAUCCAUGUCAGAAGAAUCUCUAUCUGUUGGCAACAAAGAGGUAGAUGAAGUUGAAAAAUCUUUGCAUUAUUUAUCGGAUCAGAUUGAUAAUGUAGUACAGAUGUUCACUGAGAACGGGGAAUUUUCAUCUGGUAUUCAAUUACCAAAAGCUUCAGUCAGAAUGGUUUCACAGGGGAAAAAGAAGUUAUUAACCAAUGGAUCCGAGGAUCUCUUGUAUAGUAGCAAUAUAGCCUUUCAAGUUGCUGCAUCUAUAAACCGAGCACAGUCAAGGGACAAGGAUUGUAAUGAUUCCAAACCAUCAAGAGAUAGUCAGAAGGAGAAAGAAUUUUCUCCUAAAAUUAUUGCAGAAAAGCUGGUAGUGGCUUUAGACUCAACAGUGAAAUUAUCUGGUUUGUCUACCAAGGCUUGCAAUGGUCAUAUCAAUUUUUAUGCUUCUAGCAAGCAAGUUUCCCAAAAUGGAACUGUUCAAAAUGCUACAAUUCCUAAGAAGUCUGGUAUGAAGCUUGAUAAAGGAGGAAAUUGUUUGAUUAGUCCUCAACAUUGUCAAUUUAAAAAGCGAAAGCUUGAGAUCCGUUUGAACAGAACCAGUUUUGAUCCAAAAGAAUAUGCUUUAUAUAGAAAAUAUCAGAGCAAAGUACAUAAUGAUAAACCACAAAAUUACACGGAGAGUUCGUAUCGCAGAUUUUUGGUUGAUACUCCAUUAUUAUAUGUUUCACAUACUGGGGAUAGCACAGUUCCUCUUUGUGGUUUUGGCUCUUUCCAUCAACAGUAUUUAGUGGAUGGCCAGUUAGUGGCAGUUGGGGUUAUAGAUAUCCUUCCUAACUGUUUAUCCAGUAAAUAUUUGUUCUGGGAUCCAGACUUUGCCUUUCUAUCACUCGGCAAGUACUCUGCACUUCAAGAAAUUGGUUGGGUGAAAGAUAACCAGGUUUAUUGUCCUAGUCUCCAGUAUUAUUAUCUUGGUUACUAUAUUCACUCUUGCAACAAGAUGAGAUACAAAGCUGCAUAUCGCCCUUCAGAGCUUUUAUGUCCUCUUCGUUAUCAGUGGGUUUCAUUUGACAUUGCAAGGCCUUUACUUGACAGAAAGCGUUAUGCCGUCUUAUCAGAUGCUUCCAUUUUACCAAAUGGAGAGUCAUCCCCACUUCAUGUUACUGACGUUCAAGAUGCAAUGUUAAUCCAGCUUGAUGAUAAUGGUCAAGACGAUGCAAAUGAUGUUCCAAUGAAUGAAGAUGAAGAAAUGGUUGAGUUUGAAUCGGAAAGCUCUGACGAUGAACCUGAUUUACAAACUAAUUGUGAAGCAGAAAAUUGUGAGUUCAGCAAAGUUUUGCUAGAGAUAAAAGGAUCUCGUGUGAGAUACAAGAAUCUUCAAAGUGUGUUGGGUCCUGAGCAGCAGAGAUACUUGGAGUCACAGUUGCAGAAAUACAGGAGGGUGGUGGGUGCAGUGUUAUCUGAGCGCAUGGUUUACUCUCUUGGUUAA